AUGAAAAUACAAAACCAAACUAUGCUUUCAGAGUUCAUCAUCCUUGGCUUUCAAAAUCUGCAGGAACUACAGUACUUCCUCUUCAGUGUAUUCCUGACUAUCUAUUUAUUCACAAUGCUGUGGAAUAUCUCCAUUAUCACUAUCGCAAUUUUGGAUCAGAAGCUCAGAACCCCCAUGUAUUUUUUUCUGGGGAACCUGUCUUUUCUUGACAUCUGCUACACUAGCACCACAAUUCCACAGAUACUGCAUCUUAUUCUCAAAGACAAAAGCAGCAUUUCUUAUACAGCCUGUGUUCUCCAAUUGUACUUUUUCUUCUCCUUUGUAGGGACUGAAUGCCUUCUUCUGGCAGUAAUGGCUUUGGAUCGCUAUGUUGCUAUUUGCAAUCCUUUGCACUACUCAUUGUUUAUGAGAAGAUUGGUCUGCUUCCAAUUAGCUAUAGCUUGCUGGGUUGGAGGUUUUCUUAACUCUGCAAUACAUACUUAUUUUGCCUUUAAGUUACCAUUUUGUGGAGACAAUCGCCUAGAUGCAUUCUAUUGUGAUAUUCCUCCACUGCUAAAGUUGUCAUGUGGAGACAUCUCCCUCAACCAAAAGCUCUUGCUAUCUAUUGGAUUACUCAUUGCAUGGACACCUCUUUUUUGCAUCCUUCUCUCAUAUGCAUACAUCAUCUCCACAAUCCUGAAGAUGCAUUCUGCAGAAGGAAGACAAAAAGCUUUUUCCACCUGCUCCUCUCAUCUUACAGUGGUUCUACUUUAUUAUGGCAGUUGCAUUUUCACCUACUUGAGACCUGUUCCUUCCCAGUCUUCUGCUAAUACCAAGUUGAUCCCACUAAUGUACAGCAUCUUGACUCCAUUACUAAACCCUGUUAUAUAUACUUUGCGUAACAAAGAUGUAAAAAAUGCUUGGAGAAGUAUAAUGGGAAAGAUUUAA